CUUGAUGCAAAAGAACAAACUUGUUGCAGAAGAAAUCUUGGCUCAAUGGAGGGAAUAUACUGGUCGUUAUAUUGGAUCGAGAGAAUAUCUUAACGAAGCAAAGAAGAACAGGGAAGAUGUCUUUGAGGAAUCUCCUAGCAGGGAUUCUUAUUUUAGGCGUGUUAACUGGCCAUAUAAACGGAUCGCUUGAUGAACCUUCGAGUAAAAACAAUUCUACGAACGACACCGAAGAAGACCCGCAACACGAAGAUCCGCCUCCACUGAAAGUCGCCAAGUUUGACUGGGAUUAUGUAUCAGCACCUUUGACAAUAAUCUUGUGGAUUUUGCUUGCAAGUGUUGCAAAACUAGGUGAGGUGUCAAGUGUAUCAAACCUAUUUUUAAAAACUUGAAGCUACCUUAGUGGCGCGCUUCUUGUUCAUACUCAAGUGAUCUUUGCCCCUCUGGACUAUUAAGCUUAACUUGUAUCUUUUUUAGGGUUUCACUUAUCCCACCGGCUUUCCUCUGUAAUACCAGAAUCAUGGUAAGACUUUAUCACAUAAAUUUUGAAUUUUUAAUCUAUGUACGGGUUUCAUAGGUGGUUCCCUGAAAGCUUAAACAAACUAAAAUCCGGACAAACAUAAAUUUGACAGAUAAGCUUGAAAGAAAGCUGCUAAUCAUAAAGUCAGUUUUAUGUAGCUAUUAUUGACGCACAGCAAGUUUUGAGGAAAUUUUGCAAUCUCAGGAAACCCUGUAAAAUUUGUCUGGAGGUGCUGUAGAAGUCGAUCUUGACACCUGCAAAAUAUACAUUUUAUUACUUUAAUUACAACUAUUAAUUAGUAUGCAGAAAGAACGUCUGAUCCUUCUCCUUGUUUGUUUUUAUGAAAAACCAUGCAGGUGGCGGUUGUUGCCGGCCUUUGAGUCAUUCGAUCUAAAAGUUUCCGUCUGCCCAUUUUGAUAUUAAGUUAUGUAAUGGCAAUCAACUCCCAUCAAGAAAAGAAAUUGUAAAUUGACUGUACAUAAAACUUAAAUCUGGUGUAUAAGUUUCUUUUUUCAUAGUUUUUGUUAAAUUACCUAAAACACUAAUUAUUAUUUUUAUUACUAUUAUUGUUUUUGUCAUUGUUGUUGUUUUAAAUGUUACUGUUUGACCUCACCUAUGGGUAUACUAGUUUGUUUCCAGUGGAAGGCUGUGCUGUAGUAGCUAGAGCCCAGUGGCCCCUGGCGCCUAUAACUUUUGCUGUCAGGCGACUAGAAAAUCUUAGCUUUUUCAUACAAAUCAUAUGCUGGGCACCCUAGAUUUUAUAGGAUCAGAGCACUGGGCUCCCUACAAUUUUCCUUAGGACACAGCCUUGAGUGAUGGUUGAUUUUUCCUUUUUACUAUUUUUGUAAGAAAUUCUCGGAUUGCAAACACAUGAUAAGGCAGGUCAUGUUGGGGGUUAAUACAGUAGAAUGUUUGUGCGAAGAAUUUACAUGAAAAUAAAGUUUAGUUCCUAGAGGAGAUACAUGCUUUUGUUCUUGACCACAAACAUGGCCGCCGCAAUACCACAUGCAAAACAGAAAUAAAGAUAUAUUCCAGUUUCCAUAUUUGUUGAGUCAUGUUUGUUUCAAGUGAACCGGAUCCAACGGAGAUAAUAGAUAUUAGUUUUGGCUGGUUUGCUUUGGAUGUGAAUCAGUUUUCAAAUUAACAUAAUUUAUAAAUCUUUUUUACUUUUAAUUUGCAUCAGACAAUUAUUGUUAGACACCGCAACUUUUAAGUUUAAUUGUAAAUGCAGGCGUUUAACAGCGUAGGAAUGUCGCAAGUCAAAGUUCUCACGAGGACAACGAUGUACUGAAUUUCAACACCAGACACGAACAACUGUGAUUCCAAUGCGAUUUAAUCUGAUGUCAAAUACGUCAAACUAAAAAUACAAACAAGAAAACCUAGUCUAAGCGACAUGAAACGGAGCUAAGCUAAAGCAAUAAUUAUUACAUAACAAUACAAGAAAAGACGAGCGCACAAAAAUCUAACAAUAAUCGAUCAAAUAUUGAAACGAAAACAACAAGGGGAGAGAAAAAUACGCUUACCGAUUGUCCUCUCUGUACGCCUGAAUAGAUUCGCAAAUGAACGCACUUAACUUCACAGAUAAAUCUUUCGCAUUAACUCUAUCAAGCAACAACGCACGAGGUACGGCAAUUUUGAUCUUACACGUGACUAAUGUCUAACCAAAACUUAAUCUUUAACUCGACAACAGUUACAUGGCUCCCCUAAAUUGAGCUAAUCAAUUUAAUAAAAAAAAACUUAAGAAAUCAGUCAAUCAAAUGUUAAUCGAAAAUAUAAGGUCAAAUCCAGUUCAUAAGUGUUCGUCGUAUCCUUGGGUCAAUUCAGCUAUGGUAGCUCUAAGGCUCCUCGGUGGGGACUCCCCGGUUCCCAUCGCUCGGUACGAGAAGAACUAACUUCUGCACAGGUCGUUCAAGGUAACUGAUGUGCUUAACUCUACGUCCCUUGUCAUCAAGAGUGCCAUCUCCUACUGCUAGCUUUGCUUUUCGUACGUAACCAUCAGGAUCACAAUAAGCUUCUUCUACGCGAGCAAUCUGCCACAUGUUCCGAGGAAGGUUAUCGUUGCGGAUGAUUACAACAUCUCCCUGCUGGAGGUUACGUCGCGGACACACCCACUUCUGUCGCAAUUGAAGGGUAUGAAGGAACUCUCCUUUCCAACGGGCCCAAAACUCGUUGGCCAGAUGUUGGACACGCCUCCAUCUCUUUCGAAGAUAUAAGUCAGCCCGUUGAAACUCUCCAGGUGGUGGAAGGACGACUCUUGAUUUUCCCGUAAGCAGGUGAUUGGGAGUAAUCGGUUCUAGUGCGUCUGGGGACGUCAAAUUCUCAACAGUUAAGGGUCGGCUAUUGACUACUGCUUCCACCUCCGUCAUAAACGUUUGAAGAGAUUCGUCAUUCAGUUGGCUACCGCAUUGGUCUAGUAGGACAGAAAGCACGUUGCGUGCCGUUCUGAUCUGUCGUUCCCAAACACCACCCAUGUGGCUAGCUGACGGGACGUUGAGCUGGAAUUCAAUCCAAUCGCAGUUGCGUUCCAAAAGAAAAUGGCGAACGCGGGACCGGUCCACUGAUGACAGCGCUUUCUCUAACUCGUUCUUGGCGCCCACGAGGUUGGUUCCUUGGUCACAUCUGAUCGUUCGUACAGGGCCUCGUCGAUUUAUGAAGCGGCGCAAUGCAUUAAUGAACGAAUCGGUUUCUAGGGAGGCGGAUACUUCCAAAUGGAUGGCACGGCUGGACAGACACGUGAACAGCACUCCAUAUCUCUUUAACUCUUUACGGCCUUCCUUUAUAACAAACGGGCCAAAGUAGUCAACUCCGCAAUGAGUAAAGGGCGGGGCCGGUUCCAGCCUGUCUUCGGGCAGAUUUGCCAUCUUCUGCUCUUCUAACGCUCCACGGAGUUUACGGCAAGUCACGCAUUUGGAGAUGUAUCGGGAAACUGAUGAGUUUCCUCCAAUUAUCCAGUAUCCAUGUGAACGCAGAUCGUUCAGUGUAAUUCCUCGGCCUUGGUGACUUAUCCUCUCGUGGUGAUGUCUCACUAACAACAUUGUAACAUGGCCUUUACUCGGAAGGAUAACUGGAUGCUUGACGUCAUAUGAUAUUGAGGCGUUUCUGAUUCGGCCACCAACUCGUAGGACACCGUCCUCGUCUAUGAAGGGAUCUAGUCGAUAUAAUGAACUAGUCUUCUUCAUGGAAGAAUUGCGCCUUCUCGUAGAUUCUCUGCUUGUAUCGUCGUUGCUCACUCCUAAGGACCUCAGAAUCUUAAUUUCUUCGGAAAAGGCUUCUUCUUGAACUGACUUCAAUACGGCUUGCUCGGCCUUUCGCAUUUCAUCUACUGACGGCGAUUGGUAGAUUGUUGUAUGUUUCUCUUUGCUUGUCUUCUUCACGCCAUGUAAGGGUUCUUUGGAACUGUGUUGAAGUGAGGCUAUGAGUUUCGUGCAUGCAGCGACAGCUCUCUUGGCUCUAUGCCAAUCGGAGAAGUAAUCCAAGCGUUCGGAAAUGGUUGCCAUCCUUUCGGGGUGAGUUUUGGUAGCGAAAACGUGUAUUUUCUUAACCUCAGGAUCGUCUGGAGAGAUGUCGAGGUUCACUUCUUCAUUUCUGUUCGGAAGCUCUCGUUCCCAUAAGAAGGGUGGUCCGCUUAGCCAUCGGGAGUUGUUGACCAGGUCUUGAGGAGAAAGACCACGCGAGGAUUCAUCAGCUGGAUUUUCUUUGGUCUCUAGGUACUUCCACUGGUCGGGGGUACUGUUCUCUCUUAUUUGUUGAACCCGGUUGGCCACGAAGACGUGAAAACGUCGAGCGUCGUUCUUUAUAUAGCCGAGGACAACUUGGCUAUCAGUGUAAAAUACCUCCGUAAUCUGAUCGUACUCGAGCUCUUCUCGCAGUGAGGCGCUGACUCUGACGGAGACUAGGGCUGCCGUUAGUUCGAGUCGAGGGAUCGUUACAGGUUUCAGUGGAGUUACGCGGGCCUUGCCCAUGACGAAGCUGCAGUGGACUUGACCAGUGUCAUCUGUAAGGCGCAAGUACGAACACUGACCAUGGUCGCUCGCGUCCGAGAAGUGGUGCAGUUGUACGGACGUGACGUUUCCAAACGUAGGUGGCUUGUAGCACCUCUGGAUCUUCAGUUUCUCCAAGUGUUGUAGGCUGCUUCUCCAUCUUUCCCACUUAUGACGCAAUAACUCAGGUACUGGAUAGUCCCAGUCAGAUUUCUCUCUGCAGAGGCUCUGAAGAAUUUUUCACUGGUGCUGGUCGUAAACGGAGCUAACGGUUGAUAGUAUUCCACAUCGUGUCAAGGGUUUGUCUUGCAAAAGGAUCCGAAAUUGAAAGGUGUCUGAUUCCACGCACCACUGAACACCUAGUGCACGUUCUAUUGGAAGGACAUCACUGUGAAGGUCGAGAUCUUUAACACCUUUCGCUCUAUCUUCAGGGGCAAUCUUUGCAAUUUCUUCCUUGGAAUUAGAGAUAACUUAUGAAGCCGCAUUCCCCCUCUGGCACAGAUGCUCUUGGUUAGCGAUGUAGCUUCGGAAACGGUAGCAACCGACUUAAGGCCGUCGUCAACAUAGAAAUUGUUCCUAAUGAAGUUAGCUGCGUUGGAACCAAACUCGCUUUCAUUGUCAGUGGCAGCUUUCUUGAGUCCAAAGUUCGAACAUCCAGGAGAGGAUGCUGCUCCGAAUAGAUGUACGGUCAUGCGAUACUGCACAGGAUUCCUCGUGGUAUCACCAUUCUCCCACCAGUAGAAUCUUAAGUAGUCGCGAUCCUCUUCUGCUACCUUGAACUGGUGAAACAUGGCUUCAAGAUCGCACAUGAAUGCGAUCAUUUCCUGUCUGAAUCGGCAGAGGAUGCCAACCAGAGAAUUCGUUAGGUCUGGGCCUUGAAGAAGGUACUUGUUUAAUGAGUGGCCCAUGAAGGUUGCGCUGCAAUAGAAGAGGACUCUAAUUUUGUUGGGCUUUUGAGGAUGGUACACUCCAUGGUGGGGGAUGUACCACAGCUUUCCAUCAUCAUUGUGUCAUUGUUCGUGUGGCGCCUUCUCAGCAUAACCCUUUUCGAUGAUGUCUUGCAUGAAUGCCAUGUAAUCUUGGCUAUACUUUGUGUCGUUUUCCAUACGUGUCUUUAACUUGUUCAGUCCACGUGAGGCUAAUGUCUUUUUGUUUGGCAGUUUCGGAGUGUUGCCCCGAAAGGGGAGUGGCAUCUCAUAAUGCCCAUCGACGGUCUGUCGGAUGCUUUCUUCCAUCUUCCUUAGAAACUGUAAGUCGUCUUGGGACAGUGUUGCUUGUCUGUUUGCCCUUUUUUCCGAGAAGUCCAUUUGAAACAUCUUCAUAACUUGGAAGGGAUUGAUCACUUCUUUCACAUUGGUUUUAACGGAAAAGUUGCAACCUCUCUUGCUGGGUUCCACUGCAUCUACUUGAGGGUCGGGUGGUUCCCAUGCUUCGCACGUGUAAAUUCGGUGAGAAACACCAAUUUCAUCUUCAUCACCAUCUUCUUCACUGAGGGGCUGGGAUAUCUUUCCAAUGAUUCCCCAGCCUAGGUCAGAUCUCAAAGCGUAAGGGCUGUCAUCUUCUCCAGGAAUGAUUUCUCUAGGCAUUAUUGCACGUGGGCAAUCUGAUCCUAUCAGAAUUCCAAUCUCUAUAUUGCUCUGAUAAGGUACAAUGUGUGUUGCAAUCUUCUCCAAGUGGGGCCACUGGAGCGCUGACUCUGGUCUCGGAAUGUGGGAUCUCUUUGCUGGAAUGAUUUCGCGUGAAAAGGCUUUAGGUAGCUGCAGGGUGACUUGGCGCUUGAAGUCCUGUACCAUAAGACCCUCUAUUUUUCUACUCUUAAUCAGCUCGUCGGUGGCAUGCAUUGUCGAUAACAACAGGUUUGUUUCUGGUCCUGAAACACCAAGAUGAUUAAGGGUGGUGUCUGUAAUGAAUGUGGUGUCUGAUUGGUCGUCUAGGAGCGCAUAAACAAGUCGCUUGUUACUUGGAUUGUUUCGGUGGCUUAACCAAACUGGAACAAUCAUUGAGUUAGCCUGAGUCUUGCCUUGGCCGUUCAUGAAGCAGGUUGCAGAAUUGUUUGCCUUUGGUAUCUUGCUUGAGUCUUGUUUAUCACCGGUGUUUUCCUCGCGCCUUCUGAAGUCGCCAUGAAAUGGAGUGGGAUGUUGUCGGUUGCAAACGGUACACCUCUUUCUUUCUUUGCAGUCCUUAGACAAAUGACCACGUUGCAAGCAGCCAAAGCAGAGUCCUCUGAUGGAGGCAAAUUCCUUUCUUUCGCUGAUAGUCCUCUUCAUGAAUUCUGGACAAGCGUCUAGGUCAUGAUCCGUCUUGCAGAAAAUGCAAUACUUGACGAUAACCUUUGGCGUCUGCUUCUCGUCGUUGGUGCCUUUGUUCUCAUCAGUUGUAGUUGUCUUAAAUGUACUGGCGUCAUGUGAUUUUCUUUGGGGAAGCCAUUGUCUCUUUGGCUUCUUUCUCUCGUUUCGUAUCCUACCAUUGUCUUCUUCGUUGGAGAGUGGUGAAGAUAGCACGGGGUCACAAGCAAUGUCUGCUUCUUUCACCACGAACUUAACAAACUCUGAAAAGGGAGGGAAAGUUUCAUUCUCUUCUUUCCAAUGAAAUGCAAAUCGACUCCAGCGAUUACUCGCCCACCUCGGAAGUUUGUAGGCAAGUUUCCGGUUUUCAUGGUCGUCGUUUAGAACACGAAGGCUUCCAAUCUUCUCCAUAAUUUUUUCGCAUUGGACCAGGAAGUCUGCGUACUUUCUUAGGCCAGUGCUGUCGUUUGGUUGGAUCUUAGGCCAAAUUUCAAGUUUCUUUCGACAAGUGGUCGCAACAGCAAAUGGAUCACCAAAGCAUUUCUUAAGCGUCUCUUUUGCCUUAUCGUAGGCAUCCUCUGAGUCUAAGAGCAGGAAGCUUUCGACGACUUCCUUGGCUUCUCCAUUCACAUACUUUCCGAGAAAGUGGAGUCUCUCCGAUGCCUUGAUGGCUCGUCCUUCAAUGAGGGUCUCGAAUGCUUUCACCCAGAUAGGGUAUUGCAGCGGAUCUCCAGUAAAUAUUUCUGGCUCAGGGAGCGGAAGACGGGUUUGAUUCUGGGUUUCCGCCAACAGCUUCACAACUUCAAGCAGCUUUGAUUGAACUUGACCCUCGGGACUUUCGUCAGCUAGUUUCAAGGAUUGGUCCAUGUACUUAAGUUUCUUUCCGUUUACUCCUGCUGAAGUGGGCGUGGUUAAAGCGUCUUGGAAAGGGUUUGUAAGAGAAGUGUUUGCUAAGGUGUAGAUCGGUUUGAAAGGUGGUGAGAAUGGAUUCAGUGAAGCGUGGCUCACUGCCUGUGAUGCCAUAAUCUUUCCCUUAGAUUCACACACUGGUGGCGAGUGAGUUGAAAGAAUAGGUGAUUGGUUUGGAUGAGCUACGUUUGCUUCAGACACGGAUGCUGAUUGAUCAUCAAGGAAUUUCUCUAAAAGGCUCCUUGAGCCUAUCUCCGUCGGAGGUCUACUUGAAAACUCAUCUAAGAGGAUAUGAUUGUCUUCUUCUUCAUGUUUAAUGGACGCAAUCAUCUGUGCUUCCUUCUGGACUAAUUCUUGUUUGAUUCGAAAGUUCUCUUCCAGGGCCUUUAGCUCUUCCUUGGCACGCUCCUCUUCCCGUUUAAUUUCCAUCUUUUUUCUUUGCACUUCGUCCAUUUUCCUUCUAUAUUCAAGUUCUUUCCUUUGCCUUUCCUCAGCAAGAGCCAUUGUUGCUCUUAGAGAAGCGAUGUCUCCUUCAAGUUGGACCCUCUUCUCUCGCACAGAUAAGGAUGAAUUUCGAGGGGGCGUACGCGAAGAUUUGCGGCUCGAUCUGCUGGAAAUCUUGCUUGUUUUAGUCGAUCCUGAUGUAGUUGAGCUCUUCGAGUCUAGCUCUUGCUCUUGAGACUUAAUUUUUUCGCUGAUCAUUCUCAGAACGCCAUUAUUUUCGCGCGAGAUAACUUCAAAGUUCUCGUACAUGAGCCUUCUUUCUUCUUCAUCAUCGAUUAUAGCCUCUAAUGCUUCGUGUGACUCAGAGAAGAGUGUCAUUUUCUUCUCCAGUUCUUCGCACCCCGCUGUGAGUGUCGCAAUGUCCUUUUGCGUGACGAGAAGCGAAUGGAUUAAAUUGAUCUGUUUUCUCCAUGACCUUUUAGCUGCGAUGGCAGACUGACGGCGAAGAUUGAGAAUGUAUUCAAAGCCCUUUUCGGUUGGAUGUUUAUCUCUCGCGCUUCGACGUUGGGCCUCUUGCUGGUCGUACGAAUUGUCAGAUUCCACAUGGUCCCAUGGUUCUUCUAGGCCUGUCAACAAUGCGCUUUUCGCCAUCAGAUCUUACUUUUUUCGAUUUAAUCGCAUGUUCCUUCGGUUCUGGACUGUCUUAAAUAAUGCUGAUUGUACGAGCUGAACCACAACGGCCCAAAAAUGUUUUCAAUCGUCCGGGAGAAAUCGUUUGACUGUAAAUGCAGGCGUUUAACAGCGUAGGAAUGUCGCAAGUCAAAGUUCUCACGAGGACAACGAUGUACUGAAUUUCAACACCAGACACGAACAACUGUGAUUCCAAUGCGAUUUAAUCUGAUGUCAAAUACGUCAAACUAAAAAUACAAACAAGAAAACCUAGUCUAAGCGACAUGAAACGGAGCUAAGCUAAAGCAAUAAUUAUUACAUAACAAUACAAGAAAAGACGAGCGCACAAAAAAAAAUCUAACAAUAAUCGAUCAAAUAUUGAAACGAAAACAACAAGGGGAGAGAAAAUACGCUUACCGAUUGUCCUCUCUGUACGCCUGAAUAGAUUCGCAAAUGAACGCACUUAACUUCACAGAUAAAUCUUUCGCAUUAACUCUAUCAAGCAACAACGCACGAGGUACGGCAAUUUUGAUCUUACACGUGACUAAUGUCUAACCAAAACUUAAUCUUUAACUCGACAACAGUUACAUUAAUAGGAUUUUUAUAGCAGGUCAUACUGAAAUGUUAUAAUUUUUUUAUCACAAGAUUUUGUUACCAUUUUGCGAAAAUAAUGUUUCAGGUUUUAUUAAUUUUUUUUCUUUCAGUUUGGUAAUAGUCCUUGGAAUUGUUAUAGGAGGAAUUAUGAAGUGAGUAGACAAACAAAAAAAGAUAUAAUAAUAGGCACCAUACUCUCAAGCUUUGCAAAUUCGAUCAUGGCUGCUACUGUAUAAUGGCUACUAAAUUGUUUCUUUGAUAGGACUGAUAAUGACUUUAUGAAUAUUAAAGGAAACUUUGUUGUAGGUACAAUAUUUUCAGGGUUUUCAUUCAUUAACCUAGUUAAAUGAUUCAGGAUUUCUUAAUAUUUCAUAGUCCUAAUGUUAUUCAUCAGAGACAAGGGAAAUUCUGAGAACAGAUCGAACUGCAGUUACAGCCCUUACCUACAUAAUUAUUUGUGUACUUAAUUUAAAAGUAUUAUUAUUACCUAAGUUUGCUUUAACUUUAAACCAAUAUUAUGUAAUAUUAAAGUUGCAAUUUAAAAAAAUUAUUACUAAUAUCUUGUAAAUUACCCCAGCUUUGGUUGGAAUAAUUAACAAUUAUUGGAUGAGAUUGAGAAAAAUAUCGUGAUUUGUCAGCAGGGCUGAAAAUAACGGCCAGUCAACGGACAUUGUCCGGCCUGAUUGCGGACUUGACCGGUCAAACUCCAGUCUUGCUGAUCAUUUUGGACACGAACAUUUUAUUUUGCAGACAGUUGUCGCUUGAUGCUCUAUAAUGCUGUAAUGAUUUCUUUUUUCUUUGGCAUUUUUCCUGCUUUGCACUAAACCCUUAUAAGAAAAAGAAUGCUGCAAUAAACAACUUUAUGCAAAUUUCUGUUGACAUUUGAGCCCUUUGAGAUAAAAGUGCAUGAUGACCCAAGUGAAAGCUCUGCUGUAUUUUUAUUGAGUUCUGAUAAUAAACACGCGGUUUGUGGAACAAACUUCUCGCCAAUGCAAAUCAACUUCUUUGCCGAAAAUAUUAGUGAUGAUUCUUCUUUGUGGAUGAGACUUAAGCCUGGUUCUCAUAUGCUGCCGAUGUAUCUGUGAAGUAGCCACCAGUACCACCUGGGCUAUCUCUCGGACGAAUGAGAACAUGCGCCACCAGUGACUAGAGCCAUCGCAGAGCUUUACGGCCAGCAUGCCUGCGAAGUUCAACUUCAGUCAACUUCGCAGGCAUGCCGGCGGUGAAGACUGGUAUGACCAAGUUCCUGGCCACUCCAGUGCUCUUAUCAGAACAGUAUCCCAGGUAGUACCGGCGGCCAUGUCGCAUUUGCAUCGGCAGCAUAUGAAAACCAGGCUUUUUGACCACGUGCCAGGCAAGGAAAAAUAUCAAGUUUCACGAUGUUCAUUUCUGAACAUCAAUGUAAAACAAAUGUGCGCAGAUUUUGUUCUUUAAUAACCCAAAUUAUUUUUUUUUGUAAUUCCUAAAGUUUGUUGAACUGUACGUGUUUCCAUUUCCUGAACCUUGAGAGUUUGAAAAGGAAUAUGCUUCCGUUUUUACCUUUAGAGACUUCAGACACUGCCUACAAUGAUACUCAAGGUAGAACGGACAUGAAAACACGCGAAAACUGCUGAAAGGAACUCUACAAUUUGUGUGAAUGCAUUUUUCACCAACUUGCUACCAAAAAAUGUGAAUGUCAAUGUAGUAAUAACGAUUUAUUGCCAGGGUAAUUCGAAAUUCAUUCAUAUUUGGCCGGUCAUCAUGUCUGGCGACCUGCUGUCAGUGUUAUUUUCAGCCCUGUGUCAGUGGUGAGCAGAGGCAAAUAAUUGAUCUGCGAGACACUGACAAAUCACGAUAUUUUGCAAUAACCGAAGUGAAGUGAAGCGAUCUGCCAUUUUCGCGCAACAGCAAUUGCACGAGAGAGAAAAGCUUGGUUUUAUUUACUCAUGAGCAGAAUAUUAUUUGCAGCCAAACAAAGAUGGACGACAUUGAGCAUGAGCAGACCAUUAUUAAAUUUUGAAGGCAGUUAUUUGCAGGUCACAUGGUGGGCUUUCGGCCAAUUAAAAACAAGAAAAAUCUGCAACGAGUAAUUGUGAUAAUUAUUAUUUAUUGUCAUCAUAUUUACUUUGUAGGGGUAUUGGUGCAACAGCAAUUACCUUCUCGUCUCGCACCUUCUUUCUAUUUAUGCUACCACCGUAAGUAAUUUGAUUUUAUGGAUUGCAUAAGGAGGUUGAAUAUAACUUUUAGAAAUAAAUGGACAGCACAAGCCUAGGUCUGUUACAAACUGCAGUCACUUUAAAACAGUCCAGUAUAUAACUCUCCCUGGGGUGAUCAUAAAAUUUUCAAGUUAUACUCAUAACAUGCCGGUGACUCCUGGUUACAAAAACUUGAAAUACAUGAGACAUAAUAAAAAAAUAAUAAUUUAAUAUGUGUGAAAUAAGCAACAAGAACUUACUCAACGUAAAAAAUAGAGGUACAUGUCAUGUUGAAGUAAUGAAAACACAGAAUGAUAAAGGUACUUAAAAAUUAUCAUCUUUCUUGGAAAUAUCUGGAAAUGAUGUUUAUUAUAGUUCUUUUUUUCCGAAUGUUCUGUUUGUUUAUUGAUUACAGGAUUGUUCUGGAGGCAGGUUACUUUCUUCAAGACAGAGCAUUUUUUGAUAACAUAGGAACUAUAUUGCUAUAUGCUGUUGUGGUAAGUGGUCUUUAUUAAAUCUUUUAAAGGGAUGUGCAUUCUAUAAGGAAAACUGCUUGCAAAUUGAGAUAUUGGCAUGUAUGUAGUCUCUAAUUUGUUUGUCUACAAGAACAGUAAAGGAAAUUGAAGGUUUUUGAACUGUUUGGAAACAUGUAUUAAGCAAAAAUGCCGGCUGCAAACUGUACAAAGUUUAUUUAGAACAGGUUACGUACCUGAGUUUAUUACUGCUUUGAUCAGCUAGUUCGAAAUAUCACAUUCUUUUGCAUGUUUUCAAUUGUGAUUCAAUUAUCAUUAUAACACAACAUUUUGAAUGUUAAGUCCCCCAGAGAUGCCAACCUCUGGAGACCUAAAAUCGGGAGACUGUCUUUUUUUUCACCACCCCCCCAGAAUUUCAACGACCCCCCCCCCUAGAAAUUGACCCAGCCCCCAAUAGGAAUGACUUAGGACAUUAUAUGACGUCUUACAUGAUGUACAUACUAUCAAAAUUCGAAAUCAUCAUUUUGAUGCUAGAAAUAAUCUUUGUCAAUGACUUAUAAAUACGUGCAAAAAUGCCCCAGAAACUGUACUGCGAAUAAGAAAAAUUCAAGUUUUGAGCUAAAAAUGGGUUAAAUCUCAAGCUAAGUCUGCUUUAUUUUUCAACUAAGUAUUCAAUAUUUAUAGUGGACGUAAAAAGCGGGAGAGCGGGAGACAAGGCAAAAAAGCGUAAGUCUCCCGCCAAAAGCGGGAGAGUUGGCAUCACUGAGUCCCCCCAUACGUGUAUUUUGCAAUACACAGAAGUAAUUUUUUCUUAAACUAGAGUAUGUAGUGCAUUGCAAAGAUUUCAAGUUUCCAGGUAGGCAAGGUUUGAAGAAAUUAAGGAAGUUGUUGGGGUUCUGUUUUCCUCUUUUUUCCUAUGAAAGUAUUAACCAAGGAUGAUGUUCAUGGUAGCCAUGGAGAGAAAUCCCCAGCCCCUGGCCUUAGUAACAGCCCUGGUACAGCUGUACAUGUAUGUUUUAAAAGUAACAAAAGCCAUCUAAAGAAAGUGAAAAUAGAAUGCCAUCAUUAUUUUUUUUUUGCUAGCGCUUAUGUAUACUAGCGUGUUCUUCUUUUUGACUGAAUGUAACAUAAUACCUUCUUUUCACCUUCUUUGUUUUCUGUAGGGAACAAUUUUUAAUACUUUUACAGUAGGUAAGUUUGCUUUUUUUAAUGGUAUCUGUGGUCAUAAACUCAUAUCUCUUGGUUGUCAAUAAGCUAAUUGCAAUGGACAAAUGUCUUAUCCAGUGCAAAAAGUUUUAUUCAGUUGUUUUGUGCUUUAAAACCUGAAUCAAACAAGGCCAGCAAUAAUAAUAAUUAUUAUUGUGACCAAUGUUGGAUCCAACACUUUGUGUAACAUCAGCUAGGGGCACUGCCUCAUUUUAGCUGAAUUAAAAAAUGUGAUGUUACAUUGAAGACAUGAUUUUAAAAUCAUGUACACGCUGCGGAGCCUCAAUACAAUAAACCCAGUAAUACAAUUAAGUCCUUGGACGAGUAUAAUAACAUAAUGCACCCCAAAAAUAGUAAAGUAUACAGAAAAGAACCUUGAUAUAACAAACCUCAUUAUAGCAAAUUUAUUUUGCUAUUACCUUGGCCCUUGGCCUUCAUUAUAUCAAAGUUCCACCAUACAUUUCAGAGGUCCAUGCCAAUUUCUUUCUAUUUAAAAUCUGGAGACAGUCUCUUUUGCAGAAUGGUAACCCCCCAUAUCAACAUCAACCUUCCUUACGCCUGUGUGGUGAUGUCUGCAACUUGCACUUUUCUUAACAUCCUCUGAACUUGUUUAUGCUCAUAAACUCAUACCCUAUAAAUCCUCCAGGUCUUAUCAAUGACAUUUAUUUUUUAACAUAUUCAAGUAUACUUUUCUAGUUGAAACUCUUUUCAAUUACAUGUAAGUGUGUACAUUUAAGGCAAGGUUUAACUAAUCAACAGUUAUAAAAUGCUUACAUGUAUAUAACAGCAUCGAUUGCAAUCUGACACUUAUAAGAUGCUUAAGUUGCACAAAGGAUACUAGCUAACUAUUUUUGUCUGUUAGCUGCAACAGGGUGCAAAGAACAUCAGUUUUACAGCUUGCCAUUUGGGCAAACUUUAGCUACCAGCCCAAAAGUGAUUUUAACUAGUCUGAAAAAAAAAUUUGAUGAACAGGAUUUAUUGCAGUCUUCUGUAAUUUGAAUUCUUCAAAGAACUUCACUUGCCCAUUGGGCAAUUAAGAACAGAAUUCACUAGUCUGACAGCAAAGUCCACUAGUAUAGCCCUGGGCUAUCAGACGCUACUUUCUCUGCACAAUGCAACUGUAUCAUUUCCUGCAAAGCAAGGUGCCAGCAAGUAGGUGGUGCUUAAACAUGAAGUUUUUCUACUCUGUCCUGUAUUUUUGGUAAGUAUUAAUAAUGAUUUGUAACACUCUCUUUAUGUUAUGUGUUCUUUCACAGGAUUAUCUCUGCUUGGAGCGUCAGCAAAAAUGGGAAUCGACUUGAGUGCAAUGCAUGCAUUGACAUUUGCAUCACUUAUUGCUGCUGUGGAUCCAGUUGCUGUAAGUACACUGCAAAAUUCUCUGAAAUGUAGGCAUUUAUAUUAAGAAUCAAUUCUAAUUGCCUCUUUGUCAAAUUAUUGAAGUCUGAGAGGAAGCUAUGCCAAGUGUUGACCAGAAUAAAUUUAGCUGGUUGCAUUUAUGAUGUAGGUCAAAGAAUGAUUCUUUAAAUAUCGAGCUGGCUGCAAGGAAAGUCAGUUUUACAGCUUGACAUUUGGGCAACCUGUAUCUUGGAGGUAUUAGCCCAAAAGUUGUUUCAGUUAGCCCCCCCAAAAUACAUUUUUAUGAGCAGGAUUAAUUGCAAAUUCUUCUGUAAUUUGAAUUCCCAAUAAAACUUCUCUUCCCAUCGGCAAGUUAAAAACAGUCGUUCUCACUAGCCUGAUAGCAAAAUCCUCAAGCCCUGGGAUUUCGGACACUACUUUCUUUGAAUGCUGAUAUCUAUUCACUUUUUUUUGCUGUAUAAAUAAACUUUCGGUUUUUUUCAUGUAUGUUCCUGAUAUUAUCAUCAUCUUUUCAAAACCUUUUACAUGUAACAGGUACUGGCUGUGUUUGAAGAGAUUCAUGUGAAUGUUAUGCUCUAUAUCCUUGUGUUUGGAGAAUCACUAUUGAAUGGUAAGCAACAAUAAAACACAGUGAUUCCUAUGACCUAAUGUACAAAAGUCAAACGGGGAAUUACAUGCAAGAUAAAGCUGACAGUUACUUGGCAUUGGUUACAAGUACCCAAAAGUAGUCACCAAUGAGUUAAGAAAAAAAGUAACAAGUGAUUUAGUCUUCAGAUUCUGGAUGCUUAGGAAAAUGUAAAAAAGGAUUUAUGGAUCCAAUUCAACAGGUUUUUAUCUGUUGCAUUAAAUCCCAGAUUUUGUUUUUCUUUUUGCUGAUUUUCCCUGGUUUAUUUUUGCUCCAUUAAAACACCAUAUAUAUAUAUAUAUAUAUAUAUAUAUAUAUAUAUAUAUAUAUAUAUAUAUAUAUAUAUAUAUAUAUAUAUAUAUAUAUAUAUAUAUAUAUAUAUAUAUAUAUAUAUAUUAUUAUAUAUAUAUAUAUAUAUAUAUAUAUAUAUAUAUAUAUAUAUAUAUAUAUAUAUAUAUAUAUAUAUAUAUAUAUAUAUAUAUAUAUAUAUAUAUUUAACAACAUCUAAUGUUAUUUCACAUACUUAUUGCUGAGAGCUGUUAUUUUUAUGUGUACACCUAGGCUGACUUGUAAAAGUUAACAAACAUGUGACCUCACCUAUGAACAGUGUAUUUUGAACAGGUAAAUAAAAAUGCUGCUUAAUUUGUUUUACAGAUGCAGUGACUGUUGUAUUGUAUCAUCUUUUUGAAAGUUUAUCAUUAUUUGAUGAAAUCACUUAUGCAGAGGUAAGACUCAAGAAUACAGUCUAACCUCCACUAGCAGUCACCUCUCUACAUAACGGUCACUUUGGUAGUUUCGAAAACGAAGCACUCGAAAACGAAGCACGAAGCACCCAAAACUCGAAAACGAAGCACCUAAAUCUCGAAAACGAAGCACCCAUCGAAAACGAAACACUCGAAAACGAAGCACUUAUCGAAAACGAAGCACCCAAAACUCGAAACCACUGUAGGUUGAAUAACUACAAUUUUACGUCUAGCAUGACGCAAUCCGAAUCAGGUGGAGGCAGCGGAUGCGUUCGCACCUCCAAAGGUCGACAAAAUCCAUCCCAAGGUUUUAUAAAAGCCUGCAAACUCUUUAACUGAACGUUUCUAGAUAGGAUAUCCUGUAUUAAUUUGAUUAUGAGUCUCGCUUUACUUGAUAGAUCUUAUCUUAAUAUGCAUUUUUUUGGUGCACAUACAUGUUUAUGUAGACUUCAAAACUGGCCGUAACCGUAUUUUGACUUAUUCAAGUAUGCGCGAGCAAUAACACAAAAGAUCUGAAACGAGUUUGAAAACGGAGAGUGAGGCUCGCGCGUAAGACUCUUACGUUAUCGUGCUUGAUUCCUGCUGUAUUAGCAAGAGACUGUACAUGUCUGGUGUUUAUAAAGGACGGACGGGUUUCAAGUUUAAGGGUCGUCGUUUUCGAGUUUUUGGGGUCUUCGUUUUCGAGAUUUGGGUGCUUCGUUUUCGAGAUUUAGGUGCUUCGUUUUCGAGAUUUGGGUGCUUCGUUUUUCGGUCUUCGUUUUCGAGUGCUUCGUUUUCCGAACAGUCCAUACAUUGACUCUUGUUUAAACCUCUCUACAAUGGCAACAGCCAGUAAAGCGUGUCCCCAGCUGCCAAAAUAACCUCUUGACAAUGGCCAGUUUCUUCAGCGAAAUAUGAAAAGUCGGGAAUUGUCACGAAAUUUGAUUUGUCUGGCGCGUUGAUGAUUAAUCGCAGCAAUCGUAUUUUCGUUGUGUUCGGUUAACAGCUGUUGGAGAAAGGUUGUUUGAAAAAAUGUGCACUUGACAAUCCCGAAAGGUAGUAUGGGAUAUGCUAAAUACACUGUUCCUGGCACUGUAGCUGUCGAACCUACUUUUGUCCCUUUUGUUGCGAUCCUUAAGCAUUUGCAAACAUACGUCCAUGGCCUUUCGGGAUUGUCAUACGUGCCUUUUUCCGACAACCUUUCUCGAAAUAGCUGUAUACAGUAAGCAUAAAUUGUCUACCAUACUUUUUCCGACAACCUUUCUCGAAAUAGCUGUAUACAGUAAGCAUAAAUUGUCUAGGAUACUUGUAGCGAAUGUUACGAACCUUUUUCGUUUUGUCGCGUUAACAUUUUGAUUCAAAACAUUAUUCAAGUUUUUGUGUGUAUUUUAUCUCUACAUAUUAUUUUUGUGAUUGAAUUAACAUUGUGGGAUACAGUAAGCAUGAACUUAGCACAAUAAACAUGUUGUACUCCCUAAAAAGAAUUUGUACUCACUAUCUGUCCUCUCACUGCCUAAGAGCCUACAGCUAAUUUUGAAAAUCUGCCCAACCUACAGAUUAGUUAGUUAUCUGCUAGCAGGUAACUUAAUGUGUAGGUUGUGCACACAAUGCAUGAUUUCCAAUAACAAUAUCAAUUCAGGUUCCUUGCAACUGUGUGUUUGUCGUUGUUUUUUCAAAACAAUGUAUAAUAAAACAAUUAUUAGAUUCGGUUUUUGUGAUAUCCUAAACAAUCAAGGUCUGGGUAAGUGUUAUAAAACUUACUUCGACCUUGAUUAUUCCAGAUAUCACUAAAAACUCAUGCAAUAUUUUUUUUAUUAUAACACCCCUACCUCCCCAUAACAGUUUAGGCUGAUUUAGCAACAGAACGGGAUCGUCAUUUGAGGACGGCAAAGCCCGCGAAAAGGACUAAACUCGCCUUCGGGUGCCCAGUUUUCCGCUCAGCCAUUGUUUAAGCCAGUUGUUUGAUUUGCGCGCGCUGUUGUCAACUGACGUUCUCGUUCGGUUGCUAAAUCAGCUUAGUCACCUCUUCACAACGGGCAUAACGGCCACUUUCUUCAGUCCCCAAGGUGACCGUUGUAGAGAGGUUUAACUGUACAAUUUACAUGUCACUCUUGCUUUCAGGUCCUCACAGGUUUUGCAUCAUUUUUUGUGGUUAGUCUUGGAGGUACAUUCUUGGGUCUCCUGUGGGGUUUAGCUACUGCUUUUAUUACCAAGUACACUGACCAUGUCAGGGGUGAGUCGUUUUUUUCCUUUUAUUAGAGACCUUAAGAUCGAGGUUUGGCCAUCUUACCGCAAACGGCAAACCGCGGUAAGAUUCACGGGUGGUAGCUCGUAGCCUGCGUGGUAGGCGUUCGAAAGGGAAGGCCUUGCAUUUCUCUCGCGCCUAAAACUCCUGGCUAAGGCUACGGUAAAAGGACACCCAAAACGUGCAACUGGUUUUGCAACAUUACCGCAAAGCGGGUUGAAAAUUGAAUAUGUCUUGCAACAAAUCACGUUACAAGUUGCGUGAAUACUGACUCCUGAUUGGAUAAAAUUGCGCAGGAAUUACGCCAUACACAGUAGUUACAUCACCUGUUGCAAAACAAGUUUGCCUUGGGUCGAUAAAACGCGCAACAUGUACAGAUUUUGUUGCAAAAAGUAGAACCUUUCUCUAUUUUCUGCGGCAACUUUAAUUCCGCGAUCUCGGCAACAACCUGAUUUGUUACAAGACGGGUUUGAUUCCUGGCCGGUAACGUCGCGGUUCAAUUUGUUUUGCAGCAAUGUUAAAACAAGUUGCACGCUUCUGCUGCCCGUUUUACCGUGCCUUAUGGCCAAAUUCAACAAAACUUCCAAAUUUGAUUCGGUAAAAAGCUAAAAAAGUACCAUGUGCAAGUACUGCCAUUAAUAAAAAGAUCUGUUAAUAUAACGGCUCUAUUUGCCACUUUCGUGUGGUUACAAGUUUGGAGCUCCACCCCUGUGUCUAAGCAAUCGCUCUGGUGCUUGCUGGCAAGUGGAUUAUUCAUAACCCCUGCAUAAUUUUAUUAAUACGACAAACCUGCUGAUACUGCCAUACAAGUUACUAAGUACGUUUAGCUUUGCAGUAAUGUCAUAUAAUUUUGAUUGGUUUGUUUCUUUCAGUGAUUGAGCCGAUAUUUGUUUUUGUGAUGAGUUAUCUUGCUUAUCUGACUGCAGAAUUGUUCCACUUUUCUGGAAUUAUGAGGUACACUUAUUAUGGCACUACGUUAAAAUAUUCUCAACAUUGCGUCGAAGGGUGUAUGCAUAUCUAACGCGUGAAUAGAUGGGAAAUGGAUUAGAUUAGAUGAUUCGUGAAUGAAUAAAUGGAUGGAUGGUAAUGGAUGGGACAGAAUGAAAUGAAUGCGUGGCAAUUCAGAAAGUAGAUAAAUUAUUAAAAAUUUUAUGAUCUUUCAGAAACCCAAACUGUCAUAAAGCGCUAGUACGUGUCUAUGACGUCUAGUGCUACACACCGCAUUUCAGUCCAGCAGUUCAAAAUGAACCUGCUUUUAAUUCCCAUUGAGCUUAAGACCCACUUUAUAUGGAGAAAAGUUGUCCCCCUCCUAUCCGAGUCAUCUGUACUGAGCGUUCCGUUUUCCCGAGCCAACAGGGGUCAUUAUACGUUUCUGGGAAACUGCCCACCUACCCCUCCCCUAAGCCAUAUAAAUGGAGUCCAAGUGCAUGGAGUAUAAGAGCUUAAAAGUCAGAUGAUGUUGCAGCCCUUACAAGGCCUCACAUGACUUGUUUCGAAAAGCUAUCAACAAACAAAGUUUACACUGGAACCAAGUCCUAAACCAAACGAGCUGCGACAUAUAUUGGGUGCAAUGAAAUUAGAGGUUUUAAAGAGCAGUUAACACUACUGAGCAAGUCAGAAAGGUCUCAUUAUUGAGACAGGGGUUUUGUUUCUUCUUAUUGCAGUAUUGUUACUUGCGCAAUCAUCAUGAAGCCGUACGUGGAGCUAAAUAUUUCAAGAAAAUCCCAUACAACUAUCAAGUACUUUCUUAAGAUGAUGAGGUACGUAGUACUGCAAUACCUACAUGGGAAAAUUAGAAACCUUUUGCGGGUAGUAGUAUAAACAAGUAAUAGCAUGAUUUGUAUGUGAUAUUUGGCAUAAAUACCACUCGUGAUAUUUCAAAAUUGUCUCAAACGGCUCGUGAAAUUACGUAUAACAAUUUUGAAAUAUCACUCGUGGUAUUUAUGUCAUAUAUCACUACUAAUCAUGCUAUUACCUGUACAAAUAUGCUUUUGAUCUAAAUUAUAUUAUAAAUUCACGCGGGAAAAAAUGAUUGAUUGUCAUAUGCGCUGUCAAGAAUGGCGUCAAAUAUCACUCAUUCACCUAUUGGUCAAUUGUCAUGACUUCACCGGUGGAAUUUUCGACCGUUGAAUUUCGCCCCAAGAACGUAUGAAAAGUCCUUUAAAGUGGCAUAACCUAUCAGGAAAAAUUAAAAAAGGACUUGUUUGUCUGUGUUUUUUUUUGACAGAACCCAAGUGUGGCACUUUUAUCGACAAAAUCAAAUAUGACAAACUCAAUUUGUACCAUUUCUUGUUUUCUUCACAGUUCAAGCAGUGAAACUCUGAUCUUUAUGUUCCUUGGAGUCCGAGUGGUUAAUGAAAAUCAUGUCUGGCACACGCAGUUUGUGUUUGUGACUUUAAUUUUUAUUUUGAUCUACAGGGCGUUAGGUAAUUUACUACACUUUAAAAACAGUAAUCUUAGGCCUGGGUCAAAUGAGCCAAGUUAUUGUUCUCGCUCAUUGGCAUGGACUACAAAACGUUCGGUCUUUUCGCAAAAUUUGGUUUCCCAAGGUGCGAAGCGCCGGCGUCGUCAAAGUCUCACGCGUGAAGCGCGCACGAGACAAAUUUUUUCGCGUCUCUGCUCAGUCUCACUCUCCGUUUUCAGCCUCGCUCCAGACCUUUGGCGUUUUUUACCACGCAAAAAUACGGACUGUUUUGCAGUGUAAUUAUCAAUAGGUUCGGCUUAUGUGAAGCACGGUGUUGACCUGGGCCUAAUUUCAUGUUUUCUUAUUAAUUUAUUAGCAGCACGGUAACGAAAACGUCACGUCAAAAGUAAAUUCGCACUUUCAAACUUCAAUGCGAUUCUUCCCACUCAUUGAAAUUGUCAAAUAUUAGCAAAAUGUCUUGGAGAUGAACUCUAAAGGACGGUAUCCAAGUUGAGAAAAGCAAGACAAAAUGGCUCUGUGUUUACGUCCGUCAUAAACUUUAUUGUAAGAAAUUUCACCGUGUAGUAAUGAAGCGUUGCAUAGCCUGUGAACACUGAGGUCUUUUGCGUGGCAUGGGACGAGAGAAAACUAAGAAGCGCAAGCAGACAGGGAGGGACGAUGAUGCGGUUAUUUCUUGUAGCUCUGAGACUACGAAAGAGUCAGUAAGGCCUCGUCCACUCGUAUCCGGAGAUUUUCCUUCUCCGUUUUCGAAAAAAAUACGCGUCCUUACGUAGCUUAUUUGAAUCAAUUUCGCCUGUCCACACGAAAACGCUAAAACAUGGAAAUGCGGUAGCAUCUCUCACUGGGGAUGCGCUUUAUGAUGUAUGACAUUAUCGUAUUUGAAGACUUCCUUUUCAUGCGUCCCCACGAAAACGAUAAGUUGGCGUUUUCAAGAAACUUCGCUGUGGGGACCGUUUUCGAAAAUCUGCGUUUUUGGUUCCCGAAAAUUCCGUUUACGUGUGGACGAAGGGCCAAAACGGAAAAAAAAAUCUCCGUUUUCGAGAAAAUAUCAGGAUAGGUGUGCGCGGGACCUUAAUAGUCUGCGUAGCAAGCGUUUUCGUGCUGUUUCGAGAGUCAAAGACCGCGCGAAAAAUGGCCCCUCCCCCUCCCUCCUCUUUCAUUUUUGGGCUCUCGUUUUAUUUCUCGCGCAGCCAAAGCCGAGGAUCCCGUUCCUCGGUCUUUCCUUGCUCCGAAACAGCACGGAAACGCUUGCUACGCAGGCUAGGACCUUAAAGGUAGCCGUUUCAACUGUACCCAGUGACAAAGGAAUUGGCCAGAUAUAGUGUGACACGUCAACAUUACACUGAUUCGUUGCAGGUGUUAUGAUCCUCACGUACCUUGCAAACACGUUUGGUCGAAUGAACAAGCUCAGUGCUGUGGAUCAGUUUAUUAUGGUAUAGAAUUAUUAUUCGUUGUGGUUUGAAACUGAUAGCGUUGAAGAUAAGAGAGUAAGAUAAAGAACAACUUUAUUUAACCAUGCUAACUUAAGGCUACAGCUGUAUGUUUACACUUGGAGGCCAUUCACGGUAUCCUAGUUCGGUACUCGUUGGGUACUUAUGUGAACACACCCUUUUUCCAAGUACCCACACCAGUCUAAAUACACCAGUUACUUUCUAAAACAGCCACGGUGCCAAUGUCAGUUCCACACAGCAAAUCGAGACAAAUCUGAGGCAGGUCAGCCGUCAGUAAACGAUCGAACUUUCACUCUGAUAAAUAUAUGUUACAUGUGUAAUUCUAAACAGCUUAGCUUUGUGCUCAACUUAAGAAGUCGAAAAGAAUUCUAAAGACAUUGUGGAUUCGACAAAGGGUACCUUAAAGUGGACUGUUAUUAAACAAGUCAUUUCUUGCUUCAAACGUACUAAAUUUUGUGUUUAAAAUGUGUAAACUGCAAUUCAGACGUCAAUUGGUGUUUAAGUUCAUAAAUUCACUAAGCAGGAACUUGUUUUCACUCAGCUCGUAUUCGUUGUGUUUUUGCACUGCAGAGCUAUGGCGGUAUCAGAGGAGCUGUGUCAUUUUCUCUCGCCAUUUUACUCACCAAAGAGCACUUUCCACUCAAAGAAAUGUUCGUCACAACCACUAUAGUUAUUGUCCUUUUUACAGUCUUUUUCCAGGUACGUUAACAAAAGAACCCGCUGUUAAAGGUUUUACAUCAAUUCGUCUUGGAAAAUUUAGCCAAGUGUUCCAAGUUUGUCCUUAUUCUCGAUGAUUCUAAACCAUCCGUGAUCCCGUACAGUUUAAGACUAGUUUAUAAUAAUUACCCUGUAGGUGUUUCCCUGUUUUAGUAGACUUGUAUUUUAAGAUUUCCGUCAAUUUCGAGAUAAUUCUAUGCGUUUUAAAAUGACGACUCAGAUUGUCGCGUCUGGGCGAGAAACAAAGCGUGUUGCUUAGAUGCUUUUCAAAACUUCGUUGCAAAAUAGUGGAGCGAGCGCAUGCACAUCAUUUUUUUUCCAUGUUGACCAGAUGAGUGACUCUCUUAUAGUAAUACAGCAUUUUGUCCACUUGGAGUAUUUUUUACCUAAUAUUGGUCCUUUGUUGAAACUCGGCGUCAACUUGAAGUAGAUGAGUUCCUCAUCGCUUACAGAAAAAUGUGCGUUGAUUAAGUCAUGGUGUCGUUCUACUAUAUUAAAAUGUAAAGAAAGCAGCGCUGUUUUUUAGGGCAGAAAGGAAAAUCAGGACUUACCAUUCUGUUUGAAAUUGUUUUCAGGGAAUGACCAUUAAACCUCUUGUGAGGAUACUUCACGUUAAGCUCAGUGGUAAAGAGCAUAAGUGCAUGUACGCGGAACUGAAUGAGAAGGUAAAAUUUGAGUUGUUUUAUAGCACUGGCCUUAGCGGUGUUGCGAAGCUUCGGAGAGCGCCUGACAAAUGAAAACAGUCCGGCACCAGAAACAUCCUCCUGAUUGGUCAUUUAAGUGACGUCAUGCAGUAAUGUAAGAAUUUACAGGUAGCGAACUUGAGAUAAAAUCGUGCAACGUUUCACUUAGCAUCAGAUGUCGAUUCACAUUCAUGUUUUUACGAAGGCUGCAAAGGGAGAAAACAGAAAAGGAAAAUCACUGAACGUCAGUUUUAUACGGUUUGGUAGCUGGCUUUAUAUGUUACUGUGCAAUAUUCUCUGUUCUUCUCAACUAGUAGCAAAAGGUGAACCCUUCUUUGUAUGUAGUGUAUAUUUUUAAAGCUGUCGAAGGCUCCAACAUUGAAAAUUACUGUCAUGACAGUUACCCUUCGGUUUUCUUCCGCGAAACAACUUCGCUCUAAAAAUUUCUUUUACGAAGAAUUCAGUGUAAAACAUUGUACUCCUUCCCCCUACAAGGUUCUUAGGAAAACAUAUUUGUUAUAGGAUAUCAUAAAGCCUGGAUUUCACUUGAUACUGUCAAAUGGGUUUAAAUUCGAGAGCGAAUAUCGUUUAUAAAUAGUGACCGACGAUGUCUCCUGUAAUUACCCUUUUGAAGCAUCAAUUGAGAAAUGUCUCCUCUUUACGUUUUUCAAGAUGUAACCGAGUGCGAAUCAUUGGCGGUCUGGUUAAGGAAAGUGGUGCUUUCCUACUCGAUAAUUCGCUUUCUGUUACUAUAGAUUUCCCGCUCGGAGGUGUGAAGUGUUCGAAGUCUGUUUGAAAAUAGACUUAGAAGUGGCUGGUGACCUUUCGAGCGCCUGCUAAUAGAAUCUCAAGAGACCAUUGAAAAGCGAGCGCCUACGAAAUGUUUGGGUUCUUGGGUCUCCUAUCCAAAACUCUGUGCAAGGGAAAUCAGUGCCGGAUUCAGACCCUUAGAUAAGGACCCUUAGAUGAGUGGGGGCCCGGUCUCCCAAAAGAUUUUUUUCGGCCCUUCGGGCCUCAGUUUGGACCAAAAAUAAGGGGGCCCCGGGCCCCUCCCCUGGAUCCGCUACUGAGAAUAUCCUUUUUGUUCUAUUGUUACGGAUUACUUCAUGAUCAUGAGCUGCAGCUAACAUCUUUCUCCUGCUAUUUUCACUUCAAUUAUUUAUUUGAUGUAACCUCGUUCAUUAAAUGAAUGAUAUUAAUUACAUCUUCUCACGAAUGAAAAGCAGUUUUCCACUAGAUAAGUGUUGUACCCGCUGCCCUAAGCAAAACUGUAGGACUUUUUUUGGGUUUUAGUUCUUAGAUCACCUUGUGGCUGGAAUUGAAGAAAUCAGUGGCCAGCGGGGACAUGGUUAUUACUGGGUAAGAUUCAAUGGAAUUCCUUUGAGAGAUCUGUUUUUUUUUGUUGCGCUUUGGGAAUCUUGUGUCACUUUUUAAAAAGCCUUUAUUAGAAAGGUUAAGCAUCACGUUUACGUCAAACGGCAAACGCGAAUUUGUACCAUGUGACCAAGUUUCCCCUUUGCUUGUUGUUUACUGUUCAUUAUUUCUACACCUAAAUUAGUAGUAUCACGCAAUUUUUUAACCAUAAGAAUUGUUUUGAGUUGGUUUUGUCUGCUUAUUUUCUAUUUUGAGAAAUUCUCAACUUGACUCUGCCGUUUUCCGUUUGCAGUAUACGUGAAGCUUAAUCUCUCUAUUAUCAUGAAAAAGUGGCUACAUACUGGACGUUAGUGCUAUUAUGGGAAGGGGAGUGGGGUGGGGGAAUGGAACGUUUUCCGCCGGUUUCCACCCUCCCAGGACAGACUUUAAGAAUGCAGUUAAGAAACAAAAUGAAAAAAAAAAGGUUUUUAAUGAGGAGUUUAUUAGAGUGCAAAUAUAUAGUGUUUGUAUACACGUGCCAUUGAGAGGCCGUUUCAUAUGUUCUUAGCCCAUUGAUUCGACCAGUCGAAUACAACCAAAAACUACCAAAAAUUUCGCUUCUUCCAGUCCCACUGCCACACUUGAGUCGCUAACAGUAACCUAUGAAACAGUGUGUUUCAAACGUUUUGCUUUAACUGUCUGAUAAACCAUUCUUGUUUGAUGACUAAACGGUCCAAUUUUUUAUGAGAUCGUAUCAAGUGUCCACCGUUAGAAGCAAUCUGCGGUUCUUGAUUCACGGCAGCUCGGAAGUACUGCGUGAAAGAAAAAAAGGAAAGUCGAAUCACGAAGAAGAAAGGCACCUAUUUGUGCAAUGGUUUCUUGCUUUCUUUAUUGCAAAGUAAUGUAAGUUAGUUUGAACUCUUCCCGUGCUUUCACCUAGCCUGUUUCCAGGCUCCAAGAUAGUAAUGUGCAGGUUUCGUGAAAAACGCGCGAGGGUUGGGGAGAGAGAAACACCACCGUCUCCUUCCUCAGAUCACGCGCGUCUUAUUUUCGGUUGGCUUGUUUUCGCGACUUCCCUACUAUCUGAGGGCCUCGCAGCUUUGUAGCUUUGACGAUGCGUUCGGGUUUGACAUCGGCUUUAUUACAAAACAAGAGUGGAAAAAGGGUGAGAGAAAUUGUCAAGCCUAAUGAACCAAAUGGAGGCUGCCAGACCCUUUUAAUAUUUCUCCUGAAUCGUAUUUUUCCUUCUUUUUUUUUCCCCAGGAAAUGUUAGAAUAUUUUCACAGUAAUUAUCUCAGAAAAUGGUUGAUUCGUGACAGUAAUAGCUUCGUCCAUGACGAGGAUAUAUUGCUGGCCUACAGAAGACUGGCUUACAAGUAAGAAACGAGUUUCAAGUGUCGAGUAUUGUCCUGUUUAUGCUCGCUUUUCAGUGUUUAAAAUAAACUUAUUUUGAUUGUUAAGAUUGGCCAAAAUUAAAAUGCGACUUUGUUAAAUAUUUGUUUCAAUGAACAAUUAGCCCUCGCAGUUUACACUUUACACUGUCAUUAGCCGACAGGACUGAACAUUUGGGUCAUUUUGUAGCUGUUUUAUCCUUAGUUAUUUAGCACUUUAGUUAUUUUGGUGAAGGAAAAGAAUUCUCUAAUUGUAUUGCGAGACUCGAGGGAAAUAAUUUCAUUCAUCCCGCGUGUCUAACAUUUGCUGAUUUUAUCUUGUGCGGAAUAAUUUGAACUUAAUUUAGCCUAUUCGCUAAUCAGCCAAUGACAAUCGGUGUUAUAACUAGAGGAACUUCAUUUGCAUAGUUAUAUUUAAUAUUAAGUACACGCUUUGUGAUUGGUCAAUUCCGUAGCCCUCUGUGUUCUUUCGCGCCAAUUUAGACAACUCAGUAUCGUAAUAAAUACCCCUUUAACCUUGUUUGCUUGGUCUGUACUUUUUUUAGAGACGCCCUGACUCGUUUAGAGAGAGAAGGUAGUGGAGCAGCGUUGUUUCAGAAAUCAGGGUAAGAAUAAUAGCUGUCUUGUUUGUUUGUUUAUUUAUUUAUUUAUUUUUUUUGCCAAACAGUACCGUAAACUGUCGCUUAUUAGCCCUGGACUUAUACAUUUUCGUAAGGGGUCUAAUGAAGGCUUAUAAACGCAGGGGUUUACAUCCGAGGGGGUUAUGACCGGUAUAGAAAAAGGGGCUUCAAAAUGAGCUGAAGCAGUGCUGAUCAAAGUACGUUUUGCAGUUAGUGGUUUUCUAUUAGGCUUUGAAUGGAAUUCAUUUCAAUACAUUUGGAACUGAAUUAGAGGGAGGCGUAUGUCCGGGGAGCGCUUAUAAUAGGAUGCAUUUUUGGUUACAGGUAGAUGGGCUUAUAACUGGGGAGGUGAGGGGGCUUGUAAGUCGGGGAGAUUAUAAGCGGCAGUUUACGGUAUUCCGUCACAUCAUUUACAGCUGAUAGAGUGGAACAGUGUUGAACCCACGCACUUCAGACGCCUCUGUUACUGUAUGUGUCUUUGUAGACUUGAAGGUGCACAACGUUCAAUAGCGUACCUGUUAUUUUGGUCUUAUUGACCAAAAAAACGUGGCAUUAAUUUAUUCCGUUUUAAUUUGUGAACAAAAAACCAAGUAUUGUGCACCGUUAUGGAGCUCCCAACAUAAACUGCAGCCGUUUUUUUUUUUAUCUUUGAUGUUUGCCGCCUUUCAUAACCAAUCUAUGGCUACAACAAGUUGCUGCGAAAAGAAGUAAUACUUUCAUCGCUGUUGUGGGUUAUUUAACAAAGAAACAACAGCUUUCCAUUUAUACACUCAUAAUUUCAGCCCUAAAGUAGGAAUUACCUGCAAAGUUUGACCAUUUUAUGGUGUAAUAAUAUUUCUGAAAACUACGAGCCACUACAUAAACCACAGGGAGAAUGGGGUACAAGCACGAGCCCGGGGGUACAAGUUUUUUAGCGCAAAGAUUUCUGGUAUCGUAUACUGAGGUACUUGUUUCCUUUGAACAUGUUGAAUUCCAUUGCUAACGCUGUCUACUAAAACCCGACAAAUCACUGCGCUGAAAGCUUGUAGUCAUCCGGCUCAUUCCUCCUUUUUGCCUCUUGUUUAUGAAUAGGCAAAUUCGAGCGACGUUACUCGGAAAGUCACGCGCGUCAAACAUUGAAGUGAUUAAGAAUCACGUUUACCGCAAACGUCAAACUUAUAGUUUCUCAAAUUAGGUGAUGAGCAGACAAGAACUCUCCAAAAUAGUUCGUAUGGAUGAACUUGACAUGAAAAUACCCUACGAAAAACUUGAUCACGGUACAAAUGGACAUUUGCAGUUUGCUGCUAACGUGAUUUUAAGACUCUUUAUUAGCGGGGAAUACCCUUUAACGAGUUGGUCACCCAAUACAUAUCAGAUAUAUUAGAGGGGAAUCUUUUGGAAGUGGUGUUUUCGUUGGCAUUGUCAUCGUGUAAGCGCAUGCGCAAGGCCUCUGAUACAAGAGUUAAAACCAAGUUAUAACGCUACGUACGCACUUUUCAACCUCUAUUCCAGGCUUUCAGUGGAAAUGUUGGCUCGCGGCGCAUUUGAAGCAGCGGCGAUCACGUCUAUGUAAGUAGUUGGUACAACAACAAAAAUACCAAUCCUUUUUGUUACUUUACACAAGUACCUGAUUGGUAUUGUUUAUAUUUUUUGAGUAAUAUAUUGUGUAAACCUCGCGUGGGUCGGAUUCGCCAGCUUUUUGAAAUUUUCUGCCAAACUUCUUUGUAGACACGUAAGUAAUGGAGACCUAAAGUGUCAGAAUUAAAAAAUGCGACACGUAAAGGAAACAAAGUUGCUUUUUAGUGAUAUUUUGGUUAUGACAAUAUAGGAUCUGAUUUGCCGUAAAACAAUUAGGUAAAGUGUACUAUUAACUUGGCAGUUUUUAAGUUGAAAUAUGUUUUGUUUGACAGUGAACCGAGUGAAGUUGAAGAAGAAGAAGAAACUAAACCGAUGUUAAGGUAACGCUUUGUUUAUUUAUCUGCCAGCUGAGCUUUUUCUAGUGACCAAAAUUUAUUCUCUCUUUCCUUCGCAUCAGGCAUUUUUGACGAUUUAAGACGGAAAAGCGUGCGCAGCGGUUGGGGAGCGCAGAACGCAGUAGCAGUCUUUUUUCUUUGCCAAAGAUAUGAGUGACUUAUAACAUAUGUAAAGGUGUUUUUUUUUCUAUCAUCAAUGGUCAGUUAUGUUCCUUCUUCAGAGCCGGCGACGAUGUUCGUGUUCCGGAUUCUGUCCAAAAAGACUGGAGAGCUAAAGGAGGUAAUGUUACCCGUUCUAUCAAAUAUUUUACGGCAGACUGUUGGGGCUGUGUAUGCUUUAUCGCUCAAUAAAUACACAUAGGAGACAUCACUGUUUACAAACAUUGUUUUUGGAAAGAGUGAAACAAAAGAAUCGUUUUGUUUCAAGGACCAAUGCGCUGCUAGUUGGCUCAUUAAUAUAAAUUCACUAAUAGUCGCCUUGUUACAUUUUAAUUUUUUACAUUUUUUCAAUUAUUUAUGAUUAUAUACGGCGCUGACAUAAUUUAACAGUUUUAGUGUUUACAGUGGUCUUGUUAUUCCAAUAUCCAUUUCCCUUCUGUACUUCCUUUUCAGCACCAAGUGGAGGCGAACUUGAAAUUCACGACUCUGCCCACAGUCUUAAUAACUUAUUAACAAGAAACAUGACUAAUUUUGUAAGUGCUGACGUUUGAUUUUGUGGUCUUUAUUCCCUAUCACCCGAUUUGCGCGUCACUUGAAAUGUAACUGAUUACUAGCGUUCUUGACUUGACAAGUGUUUUUUUUUUGUUCACAGAGACAUAGAAAGAUGUUCAGAAAUAAUCUAAUUGACGACGAUGAAGAAUUCUUCACGGGAAGGAGAUAUCUUAUGCCCAUGUAAGUUACGAUUGCUCUUACCGAACAUUUUUGUGUUCAUUUUACAAUUCAAUUCGGGACAAACACUCAACAUUUGUUGAGAACCAAUAUUGCCACAGUCAAAAGAUCUCUUUGAACUUUGAGUGAUCACAAGGAAAAGGUUAAAAAUAAAUAACCAUCAAUAUCGUGACUGUUCGGUAGGGGCUUAUAUAUAGAGGACAAAGGGGAACGCUUAAGGAUAAGUGGCAAAAAGUCAUAGAAGAAUUCAGCUCGUACACGAAGUUAACAAGCUACUGAUGCGCGUAGAACACGUAGAAUUCAAAGCAAAAACGGACACCUCUAUGUGACGGACAUCUGGUAAAACGGACACCUAAAGUUGGUCCCUGCGUUUAGCUUUUCCUUUUAUUUGACUCUCAAUAAGACAGUCUCCUAGUGCAGGUCCCAAAGAUUUCCGUCUUAGAAGGAGUUGACUGUACUGGAGGCUCACAAGCGUUUGCCCUGGAUGAACUUUCGUAUAAUCUGUCUAUCAGAAACUUCUGUUGAGGGUGUUUCUCUGAUAAGGAGAAGGAAACAGUUGUUUUUAGCGUCCCAAUAUGCUAAUCUCUCCAUCAAGGAAAAUUAAUCCACUCUUAUGCAUUUAAUAGACAAUGAUUUCCUGUUUUUUGUAGAAGAAGUUAAUAGGCCCUUUGCAGCUAGUAAUGGAGAGCUAACAUCAUUAUUUUAAACUGGUAAUUUCCUUUCUGCGUCUGCUGCUCUCCAGUAUGGCGGUUUUGUACCACGUACAUGACUAGCUGCAAAGAGCCUAUUUUAAACAAUCCAGGCCUCAUUUCUGUCAGAGGACGUCUUCAGUAAAGGGAAACUUCUUUGUCCCUCGGUAAUCUGGUUAUCUAAAUAGAGAUUCGCUGUACUUGAUAUUCCGUAUAAUUUUACAGUUAGACUAUGAGUAGUCCCUCACUUUCCCUCAGGGAUAGCAGAGCGAGCGAAACGCGGGAACUGGAAAAAGAAGCUGAAAGACGGAACUGGUUUUGACCGGUUAAGAGGGUGACGCGAGAAAGACAGUCUGCAUGUGAUAGUCAUGAAAGCCAAUCAGCAGAUUUAGCUGAGACAACGCGACGAAAGCGCGUGCAGUUAACCGACCAAUGGGAAGACUGCAGAUUGAGAACCGGAAGUUGGCUUCAGUCCUUUCCGCGCCCUUUUUUGUUCUCAUUUGACUUUUGCCUUGACUUUGCUAAAUCUAUCUAAUAAUGAAUUAAAACGCUGUAUUUUCAGGCAACCACGGCCGACAGCGUAUCAAAAUCAGAUCAUGGUGAAUUCCAAGCCUGUCCACAUUUACCCUCAUAAACGCAAGCCAAGACGUCACAAGCACAAACACAAACACCGCAAGCGGCGCGACGAACCAAUGAAGAAAAAGCUGUCUGCAAUAUUUGAAGAAACGGACACUGGAGAACAGGUAGGACCCUACAUCAUUUCCUCGCGAAGUCAAAAGUAUCGUACGUGCCUCUCCUUCCUCGCCGGGAAAUACGCUUGAACUUCCAUCAAGCGACCACCCUCAGGGUACCGGCAAGUGGUCUCUCAGUAGGAUGAUCGUCAUAAAUAAGGAUAAUCUUAAGCAGAAACGUCGCUUUAUUUUGAGACAAAAGCGCGACAAAAAAGCAUUACUGGUCCACAAUCGGUUGUCACUUUCUAUCUCGGACUGUAUUUUCGUUCAUCGUAUUCUUGAAAUGGAGCCAAACUCAGUGAAGAUCUGUGUGUGAAACGCUUGAUGGCCGCUAAAGAGAGGUGACAGCAGUGGGGUUACUCUCGUUAGGGUGGCCAAAAUGUGACCGUGGCCGCUUAAUACAGGUUUAAUUUCCCAUUCUUUCCUACAAUAGUUUCGGGACUUUGAUUACUGGUCGCCUAACAAAGGGUGGCCUCUUCAUAGGGGGUCGCUUAAUAGAGGGUUGACUGUAAUGUCCAUGUGAAGGCACGCAUUCGUCCGCUCUGUGCGUUUAAACCUCGUUUUUCUCCGUCUAAUACGAUGUAGUUUCCUUAAGUGUAACUCCGACUUUCGUUGUUUGAUAAGAGAACAUGGGACCUACAUCACAGCUACAUCGCUAAAUGACUUAAUAAUUUACUCUGUUCUUCCAUCUUUAGAAAAGACGGCUAAAGUAUAAAUUUAAAUGUCCGUUAAGAGAGAGUAGACUGUACUGGAUACGGGAUACGAAUCGGCAAUUGUUGUCGUCGUUGUUGUUAUCUCACCAACAAAGGUUAGACUACCAGUAGUCCCCCAUUUUUCCUCAGGGAUAUUAGAGUGAGCGAAACACGAACGCUCUUGAAAAUCACCCUACGUGGGGGUGAUUUUCACGCGCGCUCGCGUUUCGCUCGCUCUACUAUCGCUGAGGAAAAGUGGGGGACUACUCGUAGUCUAAACAAAGGUCGUCUCCUUGCAAUUUUCUAGAGUCCACUCUCUCUCAACGAACACCCCUAUAAGACAGACAGCUCAGUAAAACGGACACGUAGAGUUAGUUCCUGCCUUUCUGUACUCCCUUUAUUUGACUCUCUAUAAGACGGAUACCUCUGUAAAACGGACACCUAGAGUUAGUCCCUGCCUUUCUUUUCUCUCUUUAUUUAACUCUCUAUAAGACUGACAUCUCAGUAAAACGGACACCUAGAGUUCGUCCCUGCCUUUCGUUGUUCCCUUUAUUUGACUCUUUGUAAGAUGGACACCACCCUUAGACGGACAUUUGGAAGUACCAGUCCCAAAGAUGUCCGUCUUAGAAGGAGUCGACUGUGUAUUCAGUAAUCAUUCUUGGUCUUCCUUUCAGGAUGGAAACAGGUCUCCUACACUGGAGCCUCAAGUUGGACCAAUCCCUAGUAGCGAAGACGAUGAACCUGGUAUCACAUUUGAGGCAUCACGUAAACAUGGAAAAAUGGGUCGUUAUCCAUCCUUUGAAGAGAAUGAAGCAAAACAGCAGGAGACGUAAGUGCAUAGCAUAUAACCUAAAGACAGGGGUUUUUUGUGGUAUAAAGGGGAGGGGGUAAGGGACUGGCAGGAGGCAGCCUGGCCGAGCGUGUCUGUGGACUCAAGCGCUUCAAACGCCCGAUCGCAGGUUAGUCUCGCAGGGGUGGAAAAGUUACUUCACAAAGUCAGUCCCGCUACACCAAUCGAUUCUGCUGGGCCAGGUGUAAAAGAUAUUUUGCAUUGAAAGUACAACCAUACUUUGGAGCCGUUUACAUGGAAUAAAAGAAAGUGUUUACUUAAGAAAAUGUUAUAAUCUUUCGAGGCAACUUUUCUUCCUUUUUAUUGGCCGAGAGCCCACCACGUGACCUGCAAAGAACUGCCUACAAAUAAUGGUCUGCUUAUGCGCAAUAUCGUCUUCCAACUGUGUUUGGCUGCAAAUAAUAUUCUGCUCAUGCGUAAACGAAACUACGCUUUUCUCCUUCUUGCGAUCGCUCUUGAGUAAAAAUGGCAGAUGGCUUCCAUUCUAUGAGUUUAUUCAUUGAAAAGAAACUCGCAUUCGAAUGAUAAAACAAUGUUGAACUCGACUAUCGCAAAAUAUCGUGAUUUUUCAUUGUCUCGCAGGUCAAUUAUUGCGGGAAACAAUUGAUGUGCUCGCCACUGACAAAUCACGGUAUUUUGCUCAACCUCGUCGAAAAAUUGUUAGUUAUCAUGAGGUUGCGCAGGAAACUGGGUCAAAAUUUGUCGCCGAAAAAGUCCCAUAGUGCAGUUCGACACAAUACCGAUUAAGUCUCGCUACUCUCAAAGUGGUCAAUUUACUCAAGCCCCGCGCAAACGGACGCAACAUUUUUGGCCAACAACUCUCAACAUUAAACACUUAAUGACUGGUCCACAGGGAACAAUGUUUGUUUCGAGGGGGAACAUUAAACAUUAAACUCUAUUGUAUUGUUGAUGUGUUCCUAAUAAAGUUGUUGUUGUUGUCCCGAGGGACCAGUCUUUUAAGUGUGUUUGUUAUAUAGCUUGAAAUUCAUUAAAACUCGCUGUAAUGGCGGUCGUUGGUCAACAUUUGCGGGUGACAGUGCACUGUUACCCCCUGACGUCAUAGAUUUUGCAAUGUUGCCCACUCAGAGAUUUUGGCGGGGAGCAGUUUUAUUGUUAGAUGUCAUGUGAUCUCGCAGUAACCAAUGAGAGCGUACGCUGUUGGGAAAAAGUUUCCUGCUAUAUAACAUUGUUGGAUGUUACAUGUUUUUGCGUGUUGUUGGGAGUUGUUGCUCAAAGUUUUAAACCGGUCAAACUUUUGAGUCAACAACUCCCAGCAUUUCUUUUGUUCAAGGGAUCGCCGAACGUAGCACAACAAUGAUGGAUCCGUUAGCACAGCUCUUCCAACUUUGUUGGGGCCACGCACGCGCAUUGCACAUGGUCUCCUUGGAGACAGUAACGCAAUUACUUCGUCUGAUAGACCAACAAGCCAACAUCGGGCCAACAUUGUUGGGAGUUGUUGCAUCCGUUUGAACAUCACUGCCAACUUCCAACAUUGUUGGCUCAACAAUGUUGGGAGUUGUUGCGUCCGUUUGCACUUAGCUUGAUAUCCAAGUAAAAGGGUUAAGAAUAACAGUCUUUAUUCCUUCAACAGAGUUGCAUCUCCAAGCGAAUCGUCUUCGAGUGAGUCAUCAUCUGAUGAAGAUGACAGCAAACCAGCGGACGAUUCAAAAAACAAGAAUAACAUUCCUCUAGAUUCUUUCGUCGUCAAUAUUGAAGAUGAAAAGAAGGAAGGGAAAGAUGCAGAAAGUGUUAUGUAAUGAACUUUUCUAAGAUUGUUUAGUUAGGUUGUAAAGUAAAUUGAAACGGCUAGUCAGAAUAGGCCAUUUUACAGUUAUAGAUGUAAACGAGGGUGGAGUUGACCUUGUUUUGAUACAACCCUAGCUUCCAAUUUUAUUAUGUAAAUCAUGAUAUUCUUAUGCUAACUAGUAUUUUUCAAGCAUAACUUCCAUGAGGAAAGGAAAGAAUUAUUUUUAUUAAAACAAGGUCAAUCUCAGCCUCUCAUUCACUCAAAGCCUAAGGCCCCGUCCACACGAAUCCCGAUGUUUUUCAAUCUGAAACUUGUUCUUUCCGAAUUGAAAAAUUUCCACGUCCACACGUAUCAAUAUUCAAAUCGAAUUUGCCCGUCCACACGAAUCCGACACGUAUCCGGGUAUCCGGGUGCACUCUAAUACUCAGAACUCCUCUGGGAAUAUUGGCAACAGAGUAUGCGUUGUCAAGCGCGGGAAAUUUGCAUCUUUCUCUGCCUUUCACGGUGAAGAACUGGGCUCGAUCUUGUUUCAUCACCGGAUAAAAAAAUAUCCGGAUUCAGCGUCCACAUGAUUCCGGAUUCAUAGCGUAUUCAAAAUUUCCACUCUGGAGAGCGGAUUCAAAAAGUUGCGGAUUCGUAUGUUGGAUUCACUGGAUACGUGUGGACGAAAGCCGUGUCCAGAAAGAAAAAGUUGCGGAUUCAAAAUACCCGAAUACGUGUGGACGGGACUUGAGGUAGUAAGCCCACAACUGUAAAAUGGUCUAUUCAGUUUUCGAAAAAUCGUUGAUGGCCCCAUUGAAAAAAUUAUAUCUUAUUUAAGAACUCAAUACAGAGCCUUCAACGAAGGAACGUUGCAGGGAUAUUCCAUGAUUUUUUUUUCACUUUGAAAUAUCCGAGGACGGUGUAAGAAAAAGUAUUGCGAAUAGGUAGGGUUUUAUUAAUUUUUUUGUUUAAAAUUUCGAAAUUUUUUUGGUUGAUCAGGUCGUGAAUGUUCUUUCCAAAAAAAUCAAGUUAUUUAAAGUGGACUAUGUCUGAACUCUACUGAAAAGCUCUUACGCAUGCGCCUGCACGAACUACAAACCCGAUAAAUCGACCACGUGAUUUAUGCCGCGGCGCAUGCGUAGACAUUUUUCGCCAGUGAAACCCGAUAAGGGUUCUGUUCACACAUAAGAACGGUGAUUUCGGCGCGGUUUCUGUUACGAAGCGAAGCUGCGUCGCGCCGAUCUUGAAAGUGAAGAAUCACACAUCGGAUAGGUUUCUGUUGCACUCUGUUGAACAGGUGUUUAUGCUAUCCGGUAAACGGAUGCAAAAGUUAUCUUUUUAGGUUGCAAAGUUUUGCAUAGCCUGAUGCAAACUUAUUUUUUCCCUUUGUUUGGGAGAAAUAAUUCUAACUCGCAAUCGUUUGCUAGUGGAUAUUUUUCUUACUCGCAGAUUAUCAAAAUCACUCGCAUUUUGCGAGUUUGCGAGCGUUAAUUUCGAGCCCUGCUGAUGCAUUAUUUUGUUAAGAAAAUUUAGUGGAAUGUCAUGUUCGCGUACUUUAUGCUGUCAAUUAAUGAGAUUGCUUUUGUCCUAGCUGGACUAGAAAACAAUUUUGCAAUGACAUUGCGGCGAAGUUGCCACGCAAGAGAUGAAUGUCUAGGAAGCUAAUUGUGCAUGUUGGACGCUGUUAAACGUCACUGAGUUGACUCCCGGGGUUUUCCUCUUCCAAGAAAGAAAUUUUUCCCUCGAGUACCAACGUUUCCUAGCGUCAUUAGAAAAAAAUUAAUGUACCUUGAUACAAUGUACUCUGAAGAAAAUUGAAAAUGUUUAUUUGUAAAUGUUUCGAUGUACGUGAGUUUUUUGUAAGUUGUCGAAGGUACAUACGCGAUAAAAAAUACUGGCUACAAAGUAGCUUGUUAAUUUGUACUAUGGAUACGUCAUAAAUGAGAUGUAAAUGUUGUCAGUAAUGAUAAGUUUAUAAGCCACUUUUACAGGCAAAAUUUAGAUACCUUAUUGUUUCUGGGAGUAAUUAGGAGAUGUAAUUUUCUUGUCAAAGUGGCAAGUACUUUAUUAACUUCCAGACAUCUAAUUAUUUAAUGCAUGUUUUUCAUUUUGGCUAUUAGACAGAAAUGCUAAAUGCUACAUUUUCCUGUAAAAAUAAGUGCAGUAGUUUAGGAGAUUCAAUUAAAUUAAGCACACGGUGAGUAAGCUGUGAUGCAACCGCUUCUUCUAAAAUCAUUGUUACCCACUCCAUUAACCUUCUCCUUUAAAAAAAUUUUUCAAAGAAAUUUGCCCACCGCUAGAAUAGCCCACGUUCAAUAUAUUGAAAUUCUAACAGGAUUCCGAGGCGUUAGGGACAAAAUUGCAAAUUUUUCAUGACUCCACUGUCUUGCAAUUCCCAGAAGAGACUUGAGCACAGAGAAAACUAAACCUCGGAGCCUC